AUGUCUCUCUGUCCACCGUACGCGCCUUUCUUUGGAUUUGCUGGCGUUGCUUCCUCGAUGGUCCUCAGUACAAUCGGGGCUGCGUAUGGUACGGCUAAAGCUGGGAUUGGCAUCGCAGGGCUAGGUACCUUUAAGCCUGAGUUGAUCAUGAAGUCCCUUAUACCGGUCGUCAUGUCUGGUAUCAUUGCAGUUUAUGGUCUGGUUGUCUCGGUUCUGAUAGCUGGAGGGUUAACACCGCGAAAUUACUCUUUAUUUGCAGGCUUCGUUCAUCUUGGGGCUGGUCUUGCUUGUGGGCUGACAGGCCUUAGUGCAGGAUAUGCUAUUGGAAUCGUCGGCGAUUCUUGCGUCCGUGCCUACGUUCAUGAGUCGAAGGUAUUCGUGUCUAUGGUCCUCAUUCUCAUCUUCGCCGAAGUGUUGGGGUUGUAUGGCUUAAUCGUGGCACUCAUUAUGAACUCGACAGCAACCUCGUUGGACGUCUGUACUUAAACCUCUUGACUGCUUCUCACUAUAACAACGUAAUAUCUUUUGGC